GGCCGGGUCUGUGAAGAGCUGUGUGAAGGGGGCGGGUUCAGGUGAGGAGGAGAGAGUAUACAAGAAAGAAAGGAUGGGCAGUUUCUUCUUCACGGUGUUUGUGUCGCCAUGUGGAGGAUUUAAACUAGAAAAGUUUUAAAGUUUAAAGUUUGUUUUUAAGCUAGUUUAGUUAUCGUCGUGUGUUUGUUUUGUACUCUAACGGUUAUUGACGGUCACUAACGGUUGGUUUUAGUUUACCCAACGUUCUAUUUUUAAAUCUGGACUACGCAGCGCGAGACCCUUUAACGGUUUUUCAAAAAACAAGUGAGCCGUUGUCGACAUACAAGAAUUAUUCUGCGAUUUUUUUUUUUUUUUUUAUUAUUUAAAAAGCGUUUCCUCAAAGAAUAAGUGAGUUUAAACACUUUUGUUUUCUUUUUAUUUUAAAGUAUUUAUUAGUUGAACUUGUCAGUCAGGUUUGACUCGACCCCUCCAGUCCCGUCGCCAUGGAGAGACACGACUGUCACCCAGCAACGCCAGAGUAUCCACAUCCGUUCAUUCACCAUGUGAAGCUGACCAGACCACAGAGGAUCAGGGGCAUCAUCCUGGGCAUCAUCCUCUUCCCCAUUCGCGUCCCCCUGUCGGCUCUCUGCUUCCUCAUCAUGUGGCCUAUUGCCCGGCUACGAUGGGCCGGCCUGUCCGAGGAGGAACGCUCUCGCCCCGUCAAGGGCUGGAGGCGCUGGUUCCUCCACCCGAUCGUCUUGUGGCUGAGCCGGGCUGCCUUCUGGUUCCUGGGCUUCCUGUGGGUGAAGGUCAAAGGUCGCAGGGCGGACCUGAAGGAGGCGCCGGUGCUGGUGUUGGCGCCUCACAGCGGCUAUCUAGACAUGGUGGCUCUGCCGAUAACCCAGCUGGCAACGGUGGUGUCGCGGUCGGAGAACUGCAGCCUGCCGGUCAUAGGAGCUCUGCUGGAGUUCAACGAGUCUGUGUUGGUGAGCAGAAAGGAUCCAGAGUCGAGGAAGAAGGCGGUCGCGCAGCUCACAGAGAGGCUGACCUCCAACGGCUACUGGCCUCAGAUGCUGAUGUUUCCUGAGGGAACCACAACUAACGGCUGCGGUCUCAUCAAAUUCAAACCUGGUGCUUUCCUCGCUGGAGUCCCGGUCCAACCUGUUCUGUUGCGUUACCCCAACAAGCUGGAUACUGUUCGCUGGACAUACAAAGGAACAACCUGGGUUGAGGCCCUGUGGCACACAACUUCUCAGUUCUACACCAACUGUACUAUUGAGUUCAUGCCAGUUUACAAGCCCUCCCAGGAGGAGAAGAAUGACCCCAACCUGUACGCAGACAAUGUUCAGAAACUCAUGGCCAAGGCCCUCGGAAUCCCAGCUACAGAUUAUGUGAUGGAGGGCGGAGUUCCUGUCACUAAGCUGGCUGGUCUCUCUCUCCCAGUGGAGUCGCCUGCCAGGGAAACACUCUCGCUGUUGUAUGGAAACGGUCUGGAGGCGAAGGAAGUGGAAGCAGCACUGGACAGAAUGAUUGACAGGUGUCAGUCAGGAGCUCAGGGGUCAAAGGCCGACGCAGAGGAGCUCGCCUCCAUCCUCGGGCUGACGGAGAGAGAGACAGCCGUCAACAUCUGUGGCCUCUACUCCAAGGAUGAAAUUGUGGACCUGAGGCAGAUCUAUUUCACUGUGGCCGCUCUGUCAGGAUUCGUCAGCUUCAAGUCACUACUUCACACUGCUUUUACUCUGUUUGACAGAGAGGGCAGAGGCAGUCUGAGUGCAGAGGAGCUGUCAGACCUCAUGGGGGCACUGCUGGGUUUUGCUCAGCGCCACACUGCUGAGCUUUACACUCAGGCCUCCAGUCAAGGCCAGCUUACUGAAGAAAAUCUGCUGCGAGUGCUGACGACCCACCCGACCUAUCAGAGAGUGGUGAACGAGUACAUGCAGCCCGGCUCCCAGCUGACCAAUGGGAGGGCUGUGAACAACAACGGAAACAUGCACAACGGCAACAGAUCCUUCCACCUCAACAAAAAGUUUGAAUAAGCAUCCUUGAGUACAGCAACGGGACGUAUUGAAUCAGAAUAAUCGUCGACAAAGGAUUGUAUUUUUUAAGUUUGGUCAGUGAGUGUGUGUGUGUCUGGAUGUAUUUUUAAAACUAUAUUAAUGUAAAGUCAACUAUGCCAAAAUUACAUA